CUGAAAUUGAGAAGUUGUGAUGUUGUGAACGUCAUUUUCUCUCUCAUCAAAAGUACCUCUGAUGCUUCGCUGCACAUUUCCUUUUCACUCAAAUUUAUUCACAUGCAAAACCUCAGACCCUCUUACUCUUCUUUUAUCAUCAUCACCUAUCAUUAUUAUCAUCCUUUCUCAUUCUCAUAUUCUUCUUCCUCCUCUUUCUCCUCUAUCUAUUUCUAGAUUUCCUUUUCUUUCUUCAUAAUUAUAUUCUCUUAUCAAAUAAAUUCAUCUAUAUUAAAUGAGAGAAAUGGCUUUCUUAUCCCAAGAUUACAUGAUGUAUCAUAACAAUCAUCAUCAUCAUCAUCAUGAUUUUAGUGAAGAUCAUCAUCAUCAUGAGGAUUCAUCAUCUAUAUCUCUUAACAUCCUCUCUUCAUGUCCUCCCCAACAAUUCCAAGAUGGAACAGCUGGAGUGCCAGCCUUGGCCAUGAUGAAUAGACCAAUAUCAUCAUUUCCAGAAUACCAUCAAUAUCCAAUAGAUCAUCAUAACCAUGAUCAUGAAGAUGAAAAUCAUGAUCAUGGAGCAGAUCAAGAUGAGGUAUCAGACGACGGAUCACAGGUGUUGGUGGUGGGGCCAGGAGGAGGAGGGGAAAAGAAAAAGAGAUUAAAUAUGGAGCAAGUGAAGACAUUAGAGAAGAAUUUUGAGGAAGGAAAUAAGUUGGAUCCUGAAAGGAAACUGCAAUUGGCUAAAGCAAUUGGAUUACAACCAAGACAAGUAGCAAUUUGGUUUCAAAAUAGAAGGGCAAGAUGGAAGACUAAACAACUUGAAAAGGAUUAUGGGUUGUUGAAGAGACAAUUUGAUGCUCUUAAGGCUGAUAAUCAUUCUCUUCUUUCUCAUAAUAAGAAGCUUCAUGCUGAGUUAAUAUCACUAAGAAACAGAGAAGCAAGAGAAUAUGGAGGCAUCAACCUAAACAAUGCAGAGACAGUAAGCUAUUGGAGCAACAAUGGAAGUGAGAUAAGUUCAGAUAUCAACUUGAAUACAGCUAAUGGAAGUCCAUUAUCCUCUAACCCAUCAAACAAACUUGAUCAAUUCCCUUUAAAUCCCUUCAUUCCUAACCCCAUUACUCAACUCCUUCAACCUCCAUCUCCAAAACCAGAAUUAGACCUUCAAUGUCCCAAAAUGGACCCACAACCAGAAUUAAAUACCUUUUGCACCAUUUAUGGUGGGGCCAACCGUGGUGUUGGUGGUGGUGGUAGUGGCAAUGCUGAGAUCGAAAACCAGCCACCACCCUUUUGGGCGUGGCCUGAGCAACACCAAAAUCUCAAUUAAGCAGGCCGCCUCACAAUAAAUGAUAUAUGGCAUGCAACUUUUUUUUGUUUUUGGCCAAGUAAUGUAAUCAAAAUUAUUUCAUUGCUUGAUCAUUGUUAUUAAAAGUCUUAUGGUUAGUACCAUAUUUUCUAUAUAAUUAGUGUAAUUAAAUUUAUUUUAAAUUUUGAUUUUUAUUUCCUAGCUUUCAUAUAUGUAUCCUAUUUUUAUUAAUAAAUACCGUUAAUGCUUUUGUUUUUUUUCUU